AUGGACGAUCCGAUGGAUCAGCUGCUGAAGGAAGCAGGUGAGAGAGCGGUGCUGAGUGGUGGGAGGCAGUGGGGGAGGGAGGGGAGUGGUGCAAGGGUGGGUGUUGGUGCUUCUAGUGCUGGUCGAUUUGAAUCGGGGAGUGGGGAGGAAGGGGCGAGCAGCGAACUACCGGGAGCUGAGAGCGCGGCUGCAGCAGCGUGGAGUGGAGGAGUGGGCAGGAAGGGGCGAGCAGCAGACUAUCAGGAGCUGAGAGCGCGGCUGCAGCAGCGACUGGAGGAGCUGAGGAAGCGGAGGAACGCGGAGAGAGCCUCUGCUGCUAGCGAGUGGCGGAAGAAACAGAGGGAGACGGGCGCUGAGGGGGACAAGAAGGGGAAGAAGGGGGGGAAGGAGCGGAAGAAGGGGAAAGGAGGCGUCGGGGGUGGGGGUGAGAGGGAGGGUGCGGUGGUGGGUGGUAAACGGAAGCAGCAGGAGAGGGAAGGGGAUGGGGGGAAGGAGGGGAAGAAGGAGCGGAUUGGGAAGGAGAAGGGUGGAGGGAAGGGAGGAAGAGGAGGGCUAGUGGGAGCAGCAGCAGCAGGAGGAGGAGGAGGAAGAGGAGGAGGGGGAAGAGGGGAGGGGCAUGGGUUAGCAGAUGAUGAGGUGAUUCCUUUGGAUCUGGAGUUUGGGCGGGUGAAGCUGGGGGAUAAGGCAGCAGCAGGGCCGGGGAUGGGAGGCGGGAAGAAGGGGAAGAAGGACGGCGGGAAGGUAUCUGCCAAGAAGCUUCUGGAGCAAGCGGCUAAGAUUCAGGAGAAGCUCAAGGGGCGGAAGCUGGGAGAUAAGGCCUUGGCUGAAGUGGAGACCCACCUGUGGAACGCGGCGAGCAGCAGGGCGGCAGGCGGAAAGGUGUUUGACGAUCCAAACAUGCUCAGCAAGCAGCAGAAGAGGGAGCAGCGGCAGAAGGAGAAGAGCGCCAAGCUAUGGAAGGAGAGGCAGAUGGCAGUGCGUAAAGCAAUGAAGGACAGACAGGACAAGCGCAAGGGGAACAUUCAGGAGCGAAAGGACAACAAGAUCGCUGCUAAGAUCGCUCGGAGGGAGAAGAAGCUGAUGCGGCCGGGCUUUGAAGGGCGGGCAGGGGGCACAGCGUUGAAUGCUCAAGCAGCAGCACCCACACCAUAA